AUGGUUAUAUAUUACAAUAUGUUCAUGGUUGGUGUCGAUGACUUUAGAGUAAAUUGCAUCUUUUUUUCUGGGAAAAAUCGUCUUAUCACUAGUGAGAAAGGCGAUAGUUUCAACUUUCCUGUGUAUGCCUCAAGCUUACAAGACUUCAAGGAAGUAGUGGAAGCUGAUGGCUCAUUCACCAUGAACAAGCUUGAGAUUUUCAAUGGAGGAAGCCCCCUUGUAGUGAACCAACCAGAUGAUGCGGCUGAAGUUGGUCGAGCCCUUGCCAACAGUUGUAGGAGUGCGGGCGGAGUGCUCAUCGAUGCACACAUCGGUGAACACCUUAGCAAUGAGUUGUUUUCACAAGUGGAACAAAGGAGCUCAAGACAUGCCAAAGAGAUACUGGAGCAAAUACAGUUCUUUUACGUAGCGGCAUCACUUUCUCUUGCUUAA